AUGAAGGUUUCUGCUUCCAUCCUCACCUUCGUCGCUGCGGCGUCCGCGUCUUGCCUCCGUGGCACCUCGCUCCUCCCUCGUUCCGCUGAUGGCAAGGUUGCCGCCAACUCUUUCAACUACACCAACACCGGUGGUCCCCUGAACUGGUACGGACUGGACUCAGCCAACUCUGCUUGCUCCAAGGGCAAGAACCAGUCUCCCAUUGUCAUCGACACUGAGGAUAUUGACUACGCCAAGGCUAGCGACAUUCACUUCCACGUCCCCCAUGCCAACGCAGCCAAGUUCGAGAACCUGGGCUCCGGCCUUGAGGUUGUCCUGACCAACGGUACCCUCACUACCAAGGACAACUCCUACAAGCUGGCUCAGUUCCACUUCCACACUCCCAGCGAGCACCGCAUCAAUGACGAGUACUACCCCAUGGAGGUUCACUUCGUCUUCGAGAGCUCUGCUAGCGAUAUUGCCGUUGUUGGCUUCGUCUUCGAGCUUUCCCAGUUCGGUUACUCGACUCCUCUUUUCGACAAUGUCUUCGCUCACAUCGAUGACAUUGCCACCCCCGGCACUUACACCAUGACCGACAACCUGGACUUCUCUGCCCUGACUGGCCAUCUGAACUCCCACGGUAUCUACCAGUACUCCGGCUCUCUCACCACCCCUCCCUGCUCUGAGAGCGUUGCUUGGUUCCUCAGCACCGAGCCUCUGCCUCUGAACGUCCAGAGCUACAACGCCGUUAAGCACAUCCUGAAGUACAACGCCCGUUACACUCAGAAUGCGCUGGGCCAGGACAACCUCCUUGAGGUUGCCGCCAACGAGCUGAACUAA